AUGGCAGCAUCUUAUCUUCUGGACGAACGAGAAGACGAUGGAACCAACGGUGGCUACCAUGUGAUGGUGACGGUAGAGGAAAGGCCACGCCCACAUGCCACGCCCACCGGACAGUCACGCCCCUCUAUGGCCACGCCCAGUGGCGAUCAGGUAGACAAUAAAUCAGACACCAGCAAGUCGAGGCGUUUUGUGCGUGGUUUCCGUAAAGCCUUGCGGAAGAACCAGGACUACACUCGCAUCAUCGGCUCGAAGUCCAGCGUUCCCCAGCUGCCGUCGGAAUGGUGGAAGACGGGAAUCGCCUUCAUCUGGGCCGGAUUUAACCUCGUCCUUACUACCGUCAUGAUCACCAUCGUCCACGAGAGAGUCCCGGAUAAAUCCGUCAGCCCGCCGUUACCGGACAAGUUCUUCGAUUACGUGCCGCGUAUGGAGUGGGCGUUCUCCAUCACGGAGGUGAACGGGAUGAUCCUCGUGGCUCUGUGGUUCAUCCAGUGGCUCUGCCUCAAGCACAGGGCCAUCGUAGGCCGAAGGUUUUUCUUCCUGCAGGGAAUGUUGUAUUUGUACCGUAUGGUGACCAUGUACAUCACAACUCUUCCUGUUCCCAGCAUGCACAUGGACUGUGCCCCGAAGCUCUACGGUGAUUCUCAGGGCAAGAUCAAGCGUGUUUUGCAGCUGGUGUCUGGAGGAGGUUUGUCCAUCACUGGCUCUCAUCUCAUGUGCGGUGACUUCCUGUACAGCGGCCACACGGUCAUGCUCACCCUCACCUUCCUCUUCAUCCAGGAAUACUCGCCCCGCUCGUGGCCGUGGUGUUGCUAUCACCUGAUCUGCUGGUUGCUAAGCUUUGUGGGCGUGGUCUGUAUCCUGAUGGCACAUGAGCAUUACAGCGUGGAUGUAGUUGUGGCGUAUUUCAUCACCUCGAACCUCUUCUACUGGUACCACACCAUGGCCAACAACCAGGAUUUGAGAGGAUCUCCUCACAACUAUCUGAACCGGACGUGGUGGAGCCUGGCGUUUAAUUUCCUGGAGAAGAAUGUUAAGACGCCGGUUCCCUGCACGUUUGCAUGGCCGCUGUCGCUUCCUUCAGUGUGCUUCAAGAACCCAUGCGAGAGCUACUCGAUAGUGCAGAGCGCACGAGACGAAUGACACCGCGAGCACCACGCCAGCAGAUCCAGAUCCUGUUUACUUGAAGCACAGCUUUUCACAUGCACUUGAUGGAGGAUAACGUCAUCAAGAGUUCAUCCAUAAAGACAUGUGCUGCUCAGGGGAUGUUUCUUAUAGUAUUGUUUUCACACUGUGUGUAGACAUGAUUAAAAUGUUUAUUCUAAUCAGGUUUCUCAGUGAAUGUGUAUUGUUUAUAAUUGUAUCGUUUUUAUUUUUAUUUAUUUGUUCAUUUUGUUUUACAGAUGACACAAAUAUUUUCUUCAAUUUUAGAAAAGAAUCAUAUUUUACGAAAGUGUUUUUAUGUUUACAUUAAUGCUUGAGCAAGAUGUGACAUCAAAACUGAUAUAAAAUCUACAAAAAUUA